GGUGUAUGUUUGUGUUGGGUGUGCGUGCCGCCGCCCCUCAAAGACAGGUGUUACUGUAAAUAUGCUGUCUGGGAUAGUAACUUAUCAGAUAACGGGAACCCAUCGUGUAGGCUAAUGCCAGAAAUGGGAGUGAUGUGGCGACGGUCCAAUUCAGUGCAUGUUAACCGAGAAAUCGAAACUUAGUUGGAGCUGUUUGUUCGGGGUAAGGUGCGUCAUAUGUUUCACAGCUUCUCUGUUCUUUAGGAAGUCCCUGCUGCUCUGCGAAUCCUCAUAGUCCUAAGAACGACUGAACGUUGAAGAAUGUAUCAGCAAUCUUACCAGAGUCCAAGACUACCAUUUAAUGGUGUUGUCAAGGGUGGUCUUCAUGAAGGAAAGACCAUUACUGUCACUGGGAGAGUGCUUCCCAGUGCGGAAAGAUUUCAGGUGGACUUAAUGUGCGGCUCAGACAGAGCCCUCCACUUCAACCCACGAUAUGGCGGAUCAAGUUACGUUGUGUGUAACACCUUGCAAGGAACAAAUUGGGGCAGUGAAGAACGCAAAAGCCCAUCACCAAUUCCCCUCGGGGCCAAUUUCACCGUGAUAUUCUUGGUCAACCAUGACUCCUAUUCGAUCAUUGUGAAUGGUGCCCACUUCAUGGAGUACAAGCAUCGCAUCUCUGCCACCAGGGUCCAAAGCAUCUUCAUCGAUGGAGGAGUGGAGAUACAUUCAGUUGUGUUCCAGAAUCCCGCUGGUCCUCCUCCUCUUCAGAGUCCUCCUAAUCCUACUCAGUGUUCAGUGUUUCAAGUCAUUCAAAGUCAUCCAAAAUCCGGCCGCAGGGGGAGAAAUAAAGCGCACUUCUCCCAAAGAGCUGCUGCUGCUGCUGCUGCCCACACUGCCUUCCAAAUGGCUCCCCCGCCCUACAGUCCUCCCAAGGCCUACACUGUGCCAUACAAGACUGUUAUUCAAGGUGGAUUGUAUCCUGGUAAGAACAUCACCAUUCAGGGUGUCCCAAACCAACAAGCUGCCAGCUUCUGCAUCAACCUGCGGUUCAACUCGGGCAUAGCCCUCCACUUCAACCCCAGGUUCAAAGAAAACACAGUGGUACGCAAUAGUCACCUGAAUAAUAAGUGGGGAGCCGAGGAAAGGUCUGGGGGGAUGCCUUUCCACUGCGGACAGCCAUUCACGGUGAUGUUUGUGUGCGACACCCAAUGCUACAGGAUUAUUGUCAACGGCGUCCAGAUGUUCACCUACAACCACCGGCACUUCAGCCAUGAGCAGACUGACAUUGUGGAGAUAUCUGGGGACUUGAGCCUGUCUUCUGUGCAAGUUUGAUGUCUAUGCAUCAUCAAAAUGCUUUGUGUUGUGUUGUGUAGAGAGAAACUACUCGGUAGUCUGUUUCUUUCCUUCUUUCUUUCUUUCUUUCUUUCUUUCUUUCUUUUUAACAAAGAUGUACAAGUACAUGACAAUUCUUGGAACUCAAAUUCUAUCUGCAGUCUUUAAAGUAUUACAAGUAUGGAUGAAUACUAAGAAUGAGACCUCUGAAGCCUGCAAAUGGUGUAAAUCGUGUCAGGGUGAAUGGAAUGCCAUUUGUGGGUAAAUGUCAAUGCCCUCUAGGGGGCAGCGUAUGCUUGUUUGUAACAGAGCUGUGGAUGGAGCUUCAGCUCUGAAUUGUAAACAACAUGCCAGUAACCUAGGUAGGCCAACAACGCGAAUGCACAAGGGACAACAUUAAACAAUAACACAUCAACAGAGUUUCAUAGAAAGAUUGUCACAUAUUUCAGCAUACAAGAAUGAACGUUUCCUAGUGUACUUUUUGGAGAAAAAUAAAAUAAUUUUCCAAUCUUA